AGCCCCAUACCUAGGAUGAGGCGCUCGGGUCCGCGGCACUUGCGGACCCCGGGGGCGCGGCGGGGCGGGAACGCGGCGGGGCGGGGCCUCGCGGGGCCUCCCGGGAGCUGCAGGCCGCGCGCGACUCUGCAGCGUCCGCAGGCCCCGCGCAGAGGCCGGCAGCUCGCCUGGGAAGGUGGCGGGGUCCCUGCGGGGCGCCAGGCGCUGGGCCCGAGGCGGGCCCGGGCGGGGAUGCGGCGGAGUGCGGGCCCCGGACUGGCCCUGUCGCUGCUGCUGGCGCUGGUGGGCCGAGGGGGCGCGUUCUACCUCGAGGUCCGUGAGCUGGAGGAGAAGUGCUUCAUCCAGGAGAUCCCCGAUGGCACCGUGGUCAUAGGUAACUACAAGACCGAGCUAUACGACCCUGCUAUGGAAAAGUACCAGCCCUCUCCGCAGUGGAUCAAUUUGUUCGUGUUUGUGAAGGACCCCGAGAACAAGAACCUCCUGGCCCGUCAGUAUGGCCCUCAGGGCAGCUUCACCUUCACCUCCCAGUCUCCUGGAGAGCACCAGAUCUGCCUUCACCUGGAGUCUAUCCGAUUCGCCCUCUUCUAUGAUGGCAAGCUGGCCAUUCACUUGGACAUGCAGUUGGGUGAACACACCACCGACUAUGCGGAAUUUGCAGCCAAGGACAAACUGACCCUGCUGCAUCUUCGUGUGCAGCAGCUGGUGGAACAGGUGGUGCAGAUCCAGAAGGAGCAGGAGUACCAGCGGUGGCAAGAGGAGCGCUUCCGGCAGACCAGUGAGAGUACCAACCAGAGGGUGCUGUGGUGGUCCAUCCUGCAGACCUUCAUCCUCGUGGCUACUGGCAUUUGGCAGAUGCAACACCUCAAGAGCUUCUUUAAAGCCAAGAAACUGGUGUAGAUGGGCCCCAGAAACCUAGCCCCUCCUCACUCUUCUUCUGCAGACUGGUAAGAAGUGGCCUGGCCUGGUCUAUCUCCUGGCUUCCCCUCCUCCCAACCCCCAAGGGCUUCCUUGCUUCUGGCAGGGGGACAGGACCUCUUUGAACUGGUUUGUUAGGCAGCACUAGGGAGAUGAUGGGUAUCCACCUGGAGAAAGUUCAGUGGGGGAAGCUGUAGACGACUACACAGAACAUAGCUGUUUUAUGAGGCUGAGCAGAAGGGAGUGAGGGUGCGCCCAACCCCAUGUUAAACUGGAAGGAUUUACUUUCCCAAGAUGGAGAAAUAAGAGUGAAUAUAAACUGCAUAAAUACUGCAA